AUGAAUCUGUCAGUGGAAGACAUAGAUGUAUCCCCACCUGUAUUUCAAUUAAACAUUUCAGGAAAAGUUUUUGAAGUAUCAGGAGACAUUCUAGCUCGGUUUCCGAAUUCGCGACUCGGUAAAUUAGCUGCUGAUUCAUCAAUGUCACCAACACAAGGACCGGGUAUUAAGAAAACAUUAUUCUUCAGCCGACCAAGCACAAUCUUUGAAGAUAUUUUAGCAUACUACCAAACAGGAGAGCUACACAUGCCAGCCAAUGUUUGUCCAAAGGCCUACAAAAGAGAGUUAGAAUUUUGGGAGUUGGAUCCGGAUGAUAUGCAGUAUUGUUGCCGAUUUAAAUACUUGGCUUUUUUCGACGAGUUCGAAACAAUCUCGGCCUUCCAAUCCAGCAUUGAGAAGACGGUUUAUACAGCACCUGCCAAUAACCCUGUGCCAUCCCCAAUAGGGAAAUUUCGGGCAAGGAUAUGGUCAGUCAUGGAACAUGAGGACUCAACUGUCAGUUCUAAGAUUGUGAUGGGGUUUUUAGUGGCCUGUGUCGUGGUAUCUAUCCUCAAUUUGUCACUUGGAACUGUAGAUUCAUUGAAGCAGCGCAUCAACCUGGACUCUCUCCGCAGUCAUCUUGCCGACCUGGCUAGUCAGGAAGGUGAAGAUUAUCAAGAUAUUAUCGAUAUUUUAGAUGAGACAAACUGUGUUGACACCUGGGAAUGUGUUUUAGAAGAAAUUUCUGUAUAUAUUGAAGAAGCCGAAGAAAGAAACAACACAGACAAUACAUACGGAGAUAUAGAAUACUCUCCGGAUGAAUUGAAGAGAACUUUGGACAAAUUUCAAAAUCUAACUCAACAUAAAGUACGACAUGCUUCAUUGAUAGUUAUUGACUUUGUCCUUCUGGUCAUUUUCUUUGUUGAAUUAGUUGUACGCUUGUGCAGCUGCCCUAGUUUUAAACGAUAUUUCAUGAGUCCACUUAAUGUAAUUGACAUCUUGGUUCUGGUAACCGCUGUCGUUGAUGUCGUUAUAGAAAGCUGGUUCGCUAAAUACCGGUAUUCUGACAAGGGUAUUAAAAUGUUGUACUACCUACAAAUGCUUCGUGUAUUGAGGAUCUUGAGAUUUGUCAACAAAGUUCCAUCCAUACAGGUACUCGGAUAUACUAUAAGAAACAACUUCACAGAUCUCGUGGUUUUACUGUUGUACGUUCUCGUUGGUGUCGUAAUUUUCUCAAAUUUUGCUUAUUUUUCUGAGGAUAGCAGCACUUUUACGAACAUGCCAGACUCAUGGUGGUGGGGAAUUAUCACCAUGACAACCGUAGGAUACGGAGAUGUCGUUCCAAAAACUGUGUUCGGAAAGAUAAUGGGAUGCAUAUGUGCACUGUGCGGGGUUCUGUCGCUCUCUCUUACAGUACCUGUUUUUGUGAAUACUUUCAUUUUACUCUAUCAAAUCUCACGUAUUCACAACACGUAUCUAAAACCAAAACAAAAUCAGAUCAGUCCAACCUCUAUAACGGUGAAGAAGUCGUCUGGAACAACACAACUUGACACAGAAUCAGACUUUACAAAAAUGGCAAGACUGCAACCAAACAGGAAGUGA